UAGAUGACUUCGCUCUGUUUGUACAGAAAAGCGAAAAUAAAGUCGCCUAAAAUUCGGCGCCCGAGGCUGUUAUCAUACCUGUGUAUAUCGCAUCGAGCCGCUUCUAAUCAUCUUCUAAUCAGCUUGUAAAAAUAUUACAUAAUCAAUUAGCGUAAAUUGUACCCUUUACGGGUUGUGAACUUCGCCUGUCAACAAAGUAUGCUCCGCCUAUCUCCGAAUAUCAUUACGAUGAUUUUUAUUGGUCGAAAAGUCGGGAAAGACCAAUCAAACGCGGUGAAACAAAAUUGCCUAUAAUUGAUUUUGUGCAUCACGGAUAAAAUAUUGUGUGCAUCACGUGUGAAAACAAACAUCAAAAACUGUCAAAAGUUAGGUCGAAAAACAAUAACAAAAGUAUGUCGGCGCAAGGGACAGUCGCUUAUUAAAGGAUUAUUAUUUGCCCAAAGCCACUUAACUGCUGUGACAAAGGCAAAUCUCGCUGAACAACAGCCAAUGAAAAAGGUCAUCGAAAAGAAGAUUCAGUCAGACAACGAUUGCGCAUAUGGUUACCUCUGGGCUGCCUACAAUCUUGCAAAACGCGAACUGCCAAAAGAAGAAUUCCCAUUCAUGUUGGACUUAAUAGAAAUGGCUGGGAAAGACUUAAAAAGGGACAGUACUGUUCACUACUCCAGUAAUCAGAGCAUAUCAGAAUUCCAAAGUGCUAUUGCUGACGUAAUUUUAGAGGAUAAGUUGAGCGAACUGAAAAAGUGUGGAGUUUAUUCAAUUGUUCUGGAUGAAAGCACCGACAAUGCUAACAGAAAGAGACUUUUGGUGUAUGCCCAGUACUUGUCUAAAUCUGAAAUUGAUACGUGUCUCCUGAACAACAUAGAAAUAACUGAAGGCAGUGCUACGGCAGAUGUGAUUGUCAGUAAGAUUUUGAUGGAACUUCGUGAUAAAGGACUUAACUUGGAUAAUUUAGUGGGUGUUGGGACUGACGGGGCCAGUGUCAUGACUGGCAGAAGAAAUGGGGUCGUUAAACAGUUACGUGAUAAGUGUCCAUCUCUUGUUGGAGUACACUGUGCUGCACAUCGGUGUGCACUGGCUGCCUCUCAAGCAACUAAGAAUAUCCAAGAAAUGGAAUGGUAUUCCCGUACAGUUUCAAAUGUGUUUAGGUUCUUUAGCAAUUCCGCUUUGAGAGAAAACAAACUUAGAGAAAUUCAAGAACUUCUGGAGUUACCACAGCUGAAAUACGCAGAUAUCCACUCAGUACGAUGGCUUAGUUUGGAAAAUGCAGUCAGUAUUCUUUACAGGACUUACCCUGCUCUUUGUGCUACUCUUUCCCACAUUGGUGCUAGUGGUGAUGUUGUCGCAAAAUCGUUGUACAAUGAUGUGUGUCAGUACAAAUUCAUUGCAUUGACCCACCUUCUCAUGGACAUUCUGCCUUUCGUUGGACGUUUAAGUAAACUAUUCCAGUCUGAGAGUUUGGACUUUAGCAAAGUUUCACCAAUGGUUGCAAGUACUUGUGAUUCUUUGCAAGACUUGUUAGAGUGUGAAGGAGUUUUUGUUGACAAACUGUUUACGUUCACUGUUGAAGAAAGUGGUAGUGUUUUGUACAGACGCCCUAGUGAAGAGUCUGUCAGUAAAACUGUUAAUGAAGGGAUUAAAAGUAACAUUGAGUUUGAUGGUUUUGAAACAGAUAGUGAUGAUGCUUCAACUGAGUCAGAGACAGUCGGUGAUGUUACACUGAGAUAUUAUCAGCAGCAGAAGGAAUCUUUGCCUUCUAUUACCAGAAAAUAUGUGAAUGCUAUAACGCAAAACCUUGAAAACAGAUUUGAACAGAAAGAAUUAAUGCAGUGUUUGGAAGUGCUUGUUCCCACAAACAUUACAAAACAAACAUCAAUUGGAAGCUACGGUGAAAAGGAAUUGCGUAUUGUGGCUGAGAAUUUCAGCACUCAGACAGCCAUAAAUGUUGAUGACUGCAUGUCUGAAUACAGACAGUACAAAAGACUUGUUGUAGGCAGUUACAGUAACAAAUCUCUAAUUGAAAUGUAUGCCAUCCUUGAAAACAAAUUUCUGAGGAACUACCAAAUAUGUUUCUUUUGCUUAAGUGCUGUGCUGUUCUACCUAUGUCCUCUGCUCAGUGUGAACGUGGAUUUUCCACGCAGAACAGAAUCAAAACAAAGCUUAGGACACGCUUAAAUAAUAGGUGUUUGGUUGACUUGAUGCGCAUUUCUGAGGAUGGACCAGCAUUGAAGCAAUUUGACUUCUCUAAGGCUGUAUGUAAAUGGCAGAGUGUAAAGCUUCGUAAACUUUAUAGCAAGUGAAACUCUGAAGGUCUAUAACCGGUAUAGGACGGUCAUUAUGACCGGCCCUGGUGCCUGUUCACGCCGGUUCAAAUAAUGUUUUAUCAUCUGAUUUACAUGCUUACUGUGUGUGUUUGUAUUUGAUGCCAAAUAAUAUUAUAUCAUUUGAUUUACAUGCUCACUAUGUGUGUUUGUAUUUGAUGCAUCAUCUGAUUUACAUGCUUACUGUGUGUGUUUGUAUUUGAUGCCAAAUAAUAUUAUAUCAUUUGAUUUAUAAUAACAUGGCCACUGUGUGUGCUUGUAUUUGAUGCUUGGCAUUUUGUACUUGUAAAUAAAAUAUGUAUUGAUUUGAAAUGUUAUUCCUUUUUGUCGUACCAUCAAAACGGUGAUAUACAGUGUAAUUAAUGACUAUUUUGACCCGCAGCCUCACU